AUGACGCCGGGUCUUCGAUUUUCUCAAUGUACGCAUUUUCCAGUAAUCUCUGGUCUUUACUUCGUGCUGCCCGAACUCGAGUCCCGGGGUUCUGUUGAGUCUUUGAAAUCGAGCUCCCCGAUUUCGACCGUCAUCAACUACUUAAAACUAUGGAGCUCCGCGGAACCUAUCAAUCUCAUUGACUUGGGGCAUGCUUUUUUCCUUAUCAAAUUCGUCAACGAAGAUAACAUGCUUCAUGCUCUCCACAAUGGGCCAUGGUUUGUUCUUGCUCAUUUUCUUACAGUGCGUCGAUGGGAGCCGAAGUUUGUAGCGUCCACUGCACAACUUGCCUACUCCGCAAUAUGGGCACAUUUCCCUGAAUUACCUAUGGAGUAUUACGAUCUUGAACUCCUAAAAUUAGUGGGAAAUAAGCUUGGCCAACUUCUAAAAUUUGACACCUGCACCUCCACUACAACCAGAGGCUGUUACGCCCGCAUUUGCAUUGAAAUUCCGCUCGCCAAACCACUGAAAACUCAUGUAUAUAUUGGCACACAUAAUAAAAUUGUCGUGUAUGAGGGAUUGAACAUACUCUGCCUCCGCUGUGGGCGCAUUGGUCAUAACACCAAAUCCUGUCCUUCUCAUAUUUUGACAGCUGAAACUCCCACCCCCUCUUCGCCAUUGCCACCCUCCAUAGCAGCCAACAAUGCCCUUCCCUCACAAACUACAACUCUUGAAACCCCAUGGCAAACAGUUAAGUUUUCUACAAGGUCGUGA